AUGGGGAAAUCCUUCGCCAAUUUCAUGUGCAAGAAGGACUUUCAUCCUGCUUCCAAAUCCAACAUCAAAAAGGUUUGGAUGGCAGAACAGAAAAUAUCAUAUGACAAGAAGAAACAAGAAGAGUUAAUGCAACAAUAUCUAAAAGAACAAGAAUCAUAUGAUAAUAGAUUGCUAAUGGGAGAUGAACGUGUAAAGAAUGGCCUUAAUUUCAUGUAUGAGGCUCCACCAGGGGCUAAGAAAGAAAACAAAGAGAAAGAAGAAACAGAAGGAGAGACUGAAUACAAAUUUGAAUGGCAGAAAGGGGCCCCACGAGAAAAAUAUGCCAAAGAUGACAUGAACAUCAGAGAUCAGCCCUUUGGUAUUCAGGUUCGAAAUGUGAGAUGCAUUAAAUGUCACAAAUGGGGUCACGUCAACACAGAUCGAGAAUGUCCUUUGUUUGGUCUUUCUGGAAUUAAUGCAAGUUCAGUUCCCACUGAUGGCUCAGGGCCAUCGAUGCACCCCUCGGAGCUAAUAGCGGAGAUGAGAAACAGUGGGUUUGCACUGAAACGAAAUGUACUGGGGAGAAACUUGACCGCAAAUGAUCCAUCACAGGAGUAUGUUGCAAGCGAGGGUGAAGAAGAUCCAGAAGUUGAAUUUUUAAAGUCACUAACAACCAAACAAAAACAGAAACUCCUCAGGAAAUUAGAUCGACUUGAGAAGAAAAAAAAGAAAAAGAAAAAAGAUAGAAAAAAGAAAAAGCUUCAGAAGAGCAGAAGUAAACACAAAAAACAGAAAAGCAAGCCCUCCCCCUCCCCCUCCCCCUCCCCCUCCCCACUCUCCUCCUCCUCCUCUAGUGACAGUUCAGAAGGCAGCAGUGCGAGUGACAGCAAAGGAAAACAAGUCCAGAAGAAGAAAAGAAAGGAAAACAAGCGUUCAGGGGAUCACAGCAGUGAUUCUGAAGAGACAGACAAGUCUAAGAAGAGAAAACGGGACGAAGACCGUUCUUGCAGUCGCAGUAACAAGGAAAAGCCUAAGUUUUUAAAACAAGAGCGUUCUGGGGAGAACAGCAAAUGGAGCCAUUCUGAUUCUGACAGAAAGCCCAGAAGCCAUGACCAGAGUCCAGAGAAGAGAGGAUCUGGAAGAAAGGAGAGGAGCAGCGGGAGCCAGAGCCGGAAUGAGAGGAGUAGGAGAAGCCGAAGCAGAAGUCACGGCAGUUACAAGCCGAGAGAAGUAAGGAAACGGCCGCGGCGCAGCCCAGGUGAAGAGCGGGACAGAAGUGACACCAGAUGCCGUGGCACGGAUGCGUGCAGAGGAGGCAAAGUGCAUAGAGAGCAUUAUCGGGAGAUAAGCAUACUAGAGUGA